AUGGACAACGACCCUCAGUAUUUGGAGCACGGGACGAACAUGGCGACGGAGCUCGAGACGAAGAUGAACGCGGUCGAGCGCGUCAAGGAGUACGUCGACCUUCCCGAGGAGUCCGAGCACGACACCGAUCCCGUGAUCGCCGCGGCGCUCCCGCAUUCGUGGCCCGCGAAGGGCCUCCUCGAGGUGUCCGAUUUAAGGAUGCGGUACCGACCGAGUUUACCUCUCGUGUUGAAAGACGUCACGUUCGUCGCCGCCGCGGGCGAGAAGCUCGGGAUCUGCGGACGCACCGGCAGCGGGAAGAGCUCGCUGUUCCUCGCGCUGUUCCGCAUCAUCGAGCCCGCGGGCGGGGUCAUCAAGAUCGACGGCGUGGACGUCUCCACCCUGGGUUUGCAUCAGCUCCGGUCCAAGAUGGCGAUGAUCCCGCAAGGCGCGUUCUCUUUUUUUCUCUCGCACUUGCUGUUCCUUAAGGACUUUUCCCGGCGCAUCUCUCUGCCCACCCCUCGGUUUCAAUACCCGUCCUCGACGCCUUUCAACUCCGCUUCUGACGCCUUUCAACUCCACCCCGACGUCGCUUCGUAUGGGCAAACGCCCUCAUCAGACCCGUUCAUGUUCGCCGGCACGAUUCGCAAUAACCUCGACCCGUUCGACGAGCACGACGACGCCGCGGUGUGGUCCGCGCUCGAGCAGGUGGGCCUGAAGCACAUGGCCGAGGACGCCGCGAAGAAGCUCGACAUGGAGGUGGUGGACAACGGCGGCAACUUCUCGCUCGGGCAGGCGCGUUCUAUUACCACACCGGACUUUCUCUCCCGGCGGGCGUCUCUCUCCGCCCACCCCACGGUUUCAACGCCCGACACACCUCGACGCCUUUCAACUCCAUCUGACGCACCCUCACAACUCCAGCGGCAACUGCUCUGCAUGGGCCGCGCGUUGCUUCGCAACUCGCGCGUCUUGAUGAUGGACGAGGCCACCGCGUCGGUUGACAUGGACAGCGACGCGCUCAUCCAAAAGACCGUGCGCGAGGCGUUCGCCGCGUGCACGACGCUGACGAUCGCGCACAGGCUGAACACGGUGAGACUGCUUCCCAUACGACCCCGUUGGCGUGGUGAACGCCGAUCCUUGAGGACUUUUGCCGGCGUUUCUCUGAGCCCUCCCCUCGCUUUCAAUCCCCGCCCUCGGCGCCUUUCGACUCCAUCUGACGCCUUUCAACGCGCACAGGUCAUGGACUCGGACAAGGUUGCGUUUUUGGACGACGGCGAGCUCGUCGAGUUUGGCGAGCCCGAGGAGCUUUUGAAGAACCCCAAGGGAAAGUUCACCGCGCUCGUGAACCGGACGGGUGAGAAGCAGAGUAAGUUUUUGAGGACGAUGAGCACGAGAGCGCACGAGAGCCGGCUCGCGAGGAUCGCGAGCGAGUCCGAGAUCGCGGACGCGGUCGGGAAGUGAUGAGCGGCGAAUCGACCGACCGCGGCCGAAACAGCGACCAAAAAAAACCAAAACCAAAAACCAAAAACCAAAAACCAGUACAGUAUUUUUUUCGGCGCCGCCGGCGCCAAAGCGCGGCGGCGUCGCGUCGACCCUCAUGCAUGCUAUUAUAAUAUCUCAUAUACACAUAUCAU